AUGAUAAACGAGACGAGCAGGCUGCCGUGGCGAACCCGGUCUACCGCCCUAGCCAAGCUCUACGCCGUAAUGCUGCUCCUGCUCCUGUUCAUCCUCCUAACACUCGAGCAUCUCCGUGGCGCAAGUUUUUCGAACCCUCUGAGGUUUUUCAUAGCGAUGAAUAGUGAUCCCGUCACCAAGGUGAUUUCAACUGAGGCUGCCAAGCUUCGAGAAAAGUGGCUCCAGUUUCAGAAGACUUGUGACAAAAUAGACAGACUUGACCUAGAUUCGUGCGAACCCACGAUGGAGAGUGUUUGCGAAAUGGUUAAGAAGGCGGAAAGUGCUUGGCAAGCACAGCGGAAGGCGGGCAGUCGAGGAAAAAUGUCCUCUCGAUUCCACAAGUUCUGUGGCACUCUCGAUGCACACAGCUCAUUAUUGAAGGUCCUGCCGGAAGGCAGCGAGUACGUAUCUCUUUUCUCCGGAUCACUGAACGCUAUGAUUCAGGCGAGUAUGAAUCACGAACGCAUUGCGGAGGACUUGGCCGACGCACUUAGUUCCAUUGGUGAACAUGUCUCGUCCUGCCAAGUGGAAAUGGAAAUCUUCCAAACAAAGGCGAUGUUGGAGAAAGUCGCCGAUCUCUACGCACACAUUUUCCUCUUCCUGUCUGGUUUCAUGGACUGGAUCAUGCGCAAGCGUCGAAAACGGCUACUUGACUCGUUCAACGAAAAAGCCGUUACCAGGUUCGAAUCGGACAUCAAGGCGAUAAAUGACAAGGCGGCAGCCAUCCGCCACCAUGUCGAGCAAAGCUCCCGGGCAGAGGUGCGGGAAAUCCGACUCACAGCAGAGGGAACGCAACUGUGCGUUGAUGGGAUGGCGAGGGAUAUUAGAGUCGGGCUGGAAGGCAUGGCGAGACAUCAAGCUGAAAUGGAGCAAAAGGGUGAAUUGUUAUUGAGGAUGCAGCGAGAAGCGGGUGAAAGGCAGAUUCGAUUGAGACAAGACGCAGAAAUGAUUCACGAGAAUCUUUUUGAAAGACUCCGUGAAUACAUGGCCGAAGAACUUAAAAACGAGCUCCCAAGAGCAGGCAAGUGUUUUUUGCUUCCUCCAAAUCUUCAACUUGCCAGCGCUAACCUUGAAGUUAACCUAGCUCUUGCAUAUUAUCCCCAGCCCAGAACACCCAAGGCCUUCCUGGACACCAGCUCCCUUCCAGGACCGCAUCUACCCAUGAUGAAAUGGUCAGCUGAAGAAGUAGCUUUGAACUCUCGUCACCUCGACCACUUCUUCUAUCGCGACCGCGUCCGCCUACUAUGCGAUUCCCGAGCUCCAAUCCAAGUACCAACGGCCUGGAUUAUCGACGCAACCGCGCAGUCCAGUCGCCCAACCAUCUCUUACUUCUGCGAGCUUCGGCGCUACGAAGUCAUCAGGCCCGGCAACACCGCACCUUCACAGGUUCUCAUCUCUCUCGUCUUGGCGCUACUCCGUCAGAUGGUAGGCUUGCUCCCACACUCCUUCACAACGGAGACCGACUUGUCCAAGAUUCGUUUUCGAACCCUCCAGGGGACAACAGAGUCCUGGGCAGGCUCGAUUUGUUUAUUCAGAGACUUGGCCCAGCUGAUGCCACCCGGUGCUGUUUGCGUCAUUGAUGGUCUUCACUGGCUUGAUGAUGGCACAACCGAAUGGUACAUUAGAGACCUUAUCAACGUUCUCAGGGAAAGCGGUUUAAAGGUCCUUCUCACAACCAGUGGUCGAGCGUCAUGCUUGCGCGACGUAGUUCCGCCGGAUGAAGUGUUGGACGCGUAUGACUUUAGGUCAAUAGGACGUUUCAUCACCAUUGAGGAUAUGGUUAACUAA